CAUGAGCCUGGCAAGAAGUCGAACACUUUAAAUUUGCUGCCGGAGGAGAGUAACUGUGCUCGUGUCUCCAAUCAUCUGUAGAAGAUUUAACACCGAUCAAUCAAAUUCUUCAAAAUGCCGAGCAUUGUACACGAGCAUACCGGCCCCUUCAAGAAGGCUACCUUUGGAAUGGGGUGCUUUUGGGCUAACGACUGUCUUUUUGGCGCACAGCAGGGCGUCAUCAGGACAAGAGUUGGCUACUCCGGCGGCACCACACCUGACCCAGUCUACAGAAACAUUGACGUUCCAAGCACUAGCGGUCAAACAAAGCCUAAAUCUUCUGUAAAGGAUAGGGGAGAUCACACUGAAGUCGUAGAAAUUGACUACGACCCCAAACUAAUUAGCUACGAUGAACUUCUGGAACUUUUCUGGGAAAACCACGAGUACGGUCUCACCACUAUAAUCAAGAGACAAUACAUGUCACUGAUUUUGUACCACGACGAAGACCAGAAAAGAUUGGCCGAGAUUUCGUACAAAAAACAAGAGAACAAACGCAAAGAAAAACUUACAACUGAAAUCGCCCCAGCUGGCCCCUUCUACCCUGCUGAAGAUUACCAUCAAAAAUACAGAUUGCAAGGACACGCUAUCCUUUGCGAAGAUCUCGGCAUGACUCCUGAACUGUUGCAAACAUCCCACAUCGCGGCCAGACUUAACGGAUACGUGGCAGGUGUUGGUAAGAUAGAAGACCUGGAGAGAGAGGCAGUCAAGUUCGGCUUCACAGAUAAAAUUACUGCGUACGUCAGGAAGCAGAUGCAAGAAAAUGAAGGCGGAAGUUUGUACUGCUAAUGGGAAUCUCCACUAAAUUAUCUAAAUAAUAGUUCAGUGAUAUAUACCAACAUAGACGCAUGUGAAUAAGUUAAUAUUUUUUAAAUAUACAGAAAAUUUAUAGGACAGUAUUAAUGUUAUGAAACGUUGAAUGUUUUCUUUUUGGUUAUAAAAUAUUCUUUUAAUGUUUUUAUGAAUAUUGAGAAAAAAUAUAUGUUUACUAUUA